AAUUUGUUCGCCAAUCAAUCCUCAACCAUCUUCAGAGUGCCCCUCAGCAGAUCCAAAUGGAAGCCGGACCUACACCUGAUGCAGCUCUGAGUCGAAGGCUGACAAACAUUCGACAUAUCCUACUUGUCCUCUCCGGCAAAGGUGGAGUUGGAAAGUCAUCAGUCUCAGUACAAAUCGCACUUUCUUUAUUGCACUCGCGGCCUGGUGUACGUGUCGGACUUCUGGAUAUCGAUCUCACUGGGCCAUCCAUUCCUCGCAUGCUGGGACUCCAGGGUCGGUCAGUCUUUCAAUCCAACGAUGGAUGGAUUCCCGUUCAAGUCGAUCUUGCCAAGGAUCUACAAGCCAACAACGAGGAUGCGGUUGCCUCGGAUGGUCUCCUGAAAUGCAUGAGUAUUGGAUUCCUGCUAAAGAAUCCUCAAGACAGCGUUGUAUGGAGAGGGCCGAAGAAGAAUGCAAUGAUUCGCCAGUUUCUAGUGGACGUACAAUGGGGCGAAUUAGAUUGGUUGAUCGUGGACACACCGCCCGGUACAUCCGACGAGCACAUCUCACUACUCGAACAGCUGGCACCCGCCCUCAUCGCACGUUCGUCCUCAGAUUCACCGAAUGCAAGACUACCAACCUUGUCUUCCGUCUUGGUGACUACUCCGCAAGCAGUCUCUCUAGCAGACGUGUCCAAAGAACUCGACUUUGCACGUAAAACUGGUCUGACGGUUAUCGGCCUGAUCGAGAACAUGAGCGGAUAUCUAUGUCCCCAUUGUAAGGAGAUUCAACAUGUAUUUGGUGGUGGGGGUGGUGAAGCAUUCUGUGCUCAAGUGUCGGCCAAGGCAAAACUAGAUGGUUCCUCCGCCGACACCGCUCCUCUGACGUUUCUCGGCAAGGUUCCGAUCGACGUGGAGUUUAUGAAGUUGAUGGAUCAGGCGAUGUGGACAGAUCCAAACAAAGAGCCUCGAGAUGGUAGUGACGUGUCACAAACACAAGAAACUCAGCAUGUCAAUUGGGACUUGAUUCGGCGGUACGCCGAGGUCCCCAGCUCGAAAAUUCUCGGACAGAUCUGCAAGAAGAUUACUCAGGUCAUUGAGCCAAAAUAUGUCUCUUGA